AUGCCUCGGCCCGAAGUCGUUGGAGGUGUAGCAGUGGGGCGUUCCACCAUCCCUGGUGCUGGCAUGGGACUUUUUGCCGCAGAGGAUUUGCCAAAGUACCAGAUCGUUGGGGAAUAUAGCGGUGAGGUCAAAAGCUAUGCACGUUUCGGCGAGAAGGUGGACCGCUUGGGUGACGUGGUGGCGACAUGGAGUGGGUGCGUUCCCUGA